AUGGGCUUCAAGACAUUGUGGACAGAUUCAUCCAUCGUCAAGUAUGGCAGAACACUUCGGGCAUUGCCUCCAGAGCUUUUCAACCGUCAUUUAUCCAUCUCUGCUCUUAUAUACGCAACAUCCUCGAUGCCAGGGACAUGGGAUCAAGGCUCAUCAUCGGUCGUCGCAAGUCUCCCCGGCUUCCGAGCCCAUUUUGGCAUUAGCUCGGCGACCGAUGCCAAAGCCAUCAGGCACUUUGUUUCUUUGCCCUAUGUGGGCAUGGCCAUCGGAGCCCUGCUAUCCUUCUUCUUGAACGACCGUGUCGGCCGAUUGUGGGCGUAUCGAAUCUACAUUUCGGUCUUUAUUUUUGGUCAAAUGAUUGCCACGGCCAGUCCUGAUGUAUCUGGCUUGUAUGCAGCAAGAGUCCUUGGAGGCUUGGGCACCGGCGCCUUGACGGUGACGGGGCCGAUGUCUCUCGUGGAGAUAGCCCCAGCCGAGAUCCGUGGCGUGCUUACCACCUGGUUUACAAUUGCCAUGGCGAUGGCCCUGGUGGCGGCCAAUUUCUGCGUCUAUGGCAUAUUCAAGAAUAUCCCUGACAGCCGGUUGCAAUAUCAGAUCGUCUUCUUUGCUCCCUGCAUUUUCCUCGCCUCCUGUAUCGUGGCCAGCUUUUUCAUCUGCGAGUCUCCCCGCUGGCUCGCUCUGAUGGAACGAUACGAAGACGCCGGCCAGACUCUCGCCAAAAUUCGAGGCCUCCCAAGAGAUCAUCCUCUCGUCCAAAAGGAGCUGAGCGAUAUUCAGACUUCGAUCCGUCGCGAGCGAGAACAUCAUGGACCCAAGGUCAAUGCUGGAUUGACCAGUAUACUCAAGGAGGUUUUCACGGUCAAGGCCAACCUCCGCCGGCUUCAGCAGAUCGUGGUUUCCUAUGCUCUUGCUCAGCUUAGCGGGGCCAAUGCUGUCACAAGCUACUUUGUGCCCAUUCUCACCUUAUUGGGUGUCAGUAGUGGACCCCAGCAGAACAUCUUCCUCAGUGGCAUGUAUGGUGUUUCCAAAUUAGUGUUUGGCAUUAUGACAUCCUUCUUCUUCGUCGACGCCCUAGGCCGAAGAAAGUCGUUGUUCAUCGGCAUUGCUUUCCAGAUGAUAUCUGACAUCUACCUGGGUGUUUACAUCAAGUUCAAACAAGAUGACAACGCCAACGAAGAUUCUUCUCGAGCCGCUAUUGCACUCAUCUUCCUACACGCAUUUGGAUAUGCCGUCGGUCUCUUCGCCCUCCCGUAUAUUUUUGGCAGCGAACUUUGGCCCAAUCGAAUUCGAUCAUUUGGUGGUGCUUUGUCUCAGUGCUUGCACUGGCUCUUCAUCUACGCCAUGAUCUUCUACACGCCAUCUCUUCUUUCCGAUACCAACAACUGGGGUGCCUUUAUAUUCUUUGCCAGUUGGUGUUUUAUCGCCAUCAUCUAUGUCUUCAUGGCCGUGCCCGAGGUCUCUGGGCUGACCGUUGAGGAAAUUGAAACUCUCUUUGAAGGGCCCUGGUUUACUGCCUACAGACGGCCGAAGAAGCCAAACCCCCUCGACGGUGUCGAAAGCGACAGGAUAGAAACUGCUUUGAGCGAAAAGGGUGAAGCAUUGGUCAAACGCUAA